AUGGCUUUAAUUCAUCCUCUACAGUCCCUCAUUUCUAAUAGUGCUGGAAACCUUGUUUUUGUUGUCAUUAAGAGCUCAGUUCUAGCGUUUAAAUGUGUUGAUGGUCAAUACAGUCUGGUGGGCAGGUGGACCGACGAUCUGGCAAGCAAUGAAACCUCUAAGCAGUCUGAGGAUGCUACUACUGUCAAAAAAUUAAAAGAUAACGAGGGGCAAGUGGUUAAGAAAGCAGAAUCACCUGCGCCAGGCAUUGCCUUCUCUUUGCAAGUGAGAAAUUUAACCUUAACUCACGAUGAAUCGAAGCUUAUAGCAUGUGUGGAUUCGGAUAAGUCUGUCGUUGUAUUUGAAAUUGAUGAAAAAGAUGGUGCCAAUUGCUUGAAGCUUAUCAAGAGACAACCUUUCCCAAAGAGACCUAAUGCUGUAACGAUCGCCGAAAAUGGCGACAAGGUACUCAUAGCCGACAAAUUUGGAGAUGUGCAUCGAAUCUCAAUAAAUCAGUCAGAGGUUGUCAAGAGUGAGGAGAUGGAACCUAUCCUUGGACAUGUUUCAAUGCUAACGGGAGUUACUUUGGCUAAAAACUCACAAGGGCAAAACUUCAUUAUAACUAGUGACAGAGAUGAACACAUUAAGAUCUCUCACUAUCCUCAAUGUUUUAUUGUCGACAAAUGGCUAUUUGGUCACAAUGAAUUUGUCUCUUCAUUCUGUAUUCCAAGUUGGAACCCAAGUUGGUUGUUCAGCGCUGGUGGUGAUGACAGCAUAUUUGCAUGGAACUGGGAGAAGGGUUCAAAGCUUUCACACUUUGAUUUCAGCGAUCUAAUAAAGCCACAUUUGACCAAGGCACACAGGGGAGCUGAUAGAUUCCAAAAUGAGAAAAAGGAUGUUAUUGAAUGCGCAGUGUCUCGAGUCUUAACAUGCGAAUCUAUUCCAUUCCUGGCUUUUUUUGUUGAAGCAACCAAGCUUCUUUAUGUGUUAGAAAUUUGUCCAAAGUCAGGAGCUCUGACAUUGAAACAGAGCAUAAAGUUCACUCAUAACAUUGUUUCCUUAUCGGAAAGUCACGACGAAUUUUGUGUUACACUUGAUACAAGCAAAUCUGAUGACGAGGAGUAUGUCAAUUUUGUUGAAUAUGAUCAAGAGACCGAAGAUUUCAUGAUUGACAUUGCAAAGAGCGAAGCUUUCAAUAAAGCAUUGAUCUCUUCGGUAAAAGACGAUGCAUCUGUCAAAGCCGAUGAAACAGACCUCUACUCUUUGUACGGAAUAAUCUCUCUAAAAAACAUGGGGAACAUUAUUCCUGAUCAAUUGUGA